AGAGCCCAGGCAGAUCAUCGCGCGACAGCUCUCCAGGAGGCGAGGAGUCGGAGGCUUUGAGCUGGUCACAAUGGCAGGUGAAGAAAUUAAUGAAGACUAUCCAGUAGAAAUUCAUGAGUAUUUGUCUGCAUUUGAGAACUCCAUCAGCACUGUGGAUGAGAUGCUGAAGACCAUGAUGUCUGUUUCCAGAAAUGAGUUGUUACAAAAGUUAGACCCACUUGAACAAGCAAAAGUGGAUUUAGUGUCUGCGUACACAUUAAAUUCAAUGUUUUGGGUUUAUUUGGCAACUCAAGGAGUUAAUCCUAAGGAACAUCCCGUAAAACAGGAAUUGGAAAGAAUCAGAGUGUACAUGAACAGAGUCAAGGAAAUAGCAGACAAGAAAAAGGCUGGCAAACUGGACAGGGGUGCAGCUUCGAGAUUUGUAAAAAAUGCUCUCUGGGAACCGAAACCUAAGAAUGCAUCCAAAGUUGCCAGUAAAGGAAAAAACAAACAUUAACUUUUUGGUUUUGGUAUACACAUAUUCAAAAUGUACAUCAUUUUUAUUGUCAUAACAAAAUUUCUAAUUAUGUGGCAAUGCAAGGCUUAAAUGUAUUCCUUGUUGAAUUUAUAUGUAAAUGUGUACUUCAGAUUUGUAAUGCAAAAAUACUUUUCUGCCAGAAAGAUUCUUUAUUGAUUUUUCCUAUAGAGCACUCUGAGGUUUUAAUGUUGUGAUCUAUUUUAUAUUUAUAGUUUACCAUCUCUUUUGAUGACACUUAUUUCCUUAUGUAGGUCAGUCUUGCAAGUACCAUUUUAUAAACAACUAAAAUUUAAGUUAAAUGUUCUUUGUAAACAUUUACACUAUUUUAAAUGAAUAGUGACCUUAUGAAGUAUGUUAUCGCUGGGCUGAAUUUAUAAGUACAUCUAUUUUUACAAUGUGAUAUUAAGAAAGAAUGAAAUGACUUAAUAUCCUUUUUUUCUCCUGUGUAGUUAAUUUAUCAUGUUUUCAUGAUUUUAGGAAUUAAUUGCUUUUUUUGAUAUUUGGAGUGUGAAAUUAAAACUUUAAGGUUGUACUUUAAUUUUUGGCACAUUGCCUCAAUGUCCCAUUUAAUAUAAAAUACAUUCUCAUUAACAUUAGAUGGGAAAUAAGGUUGUAUGUUGGUGACUGAAUUUUGACAAAAUGGUUAUACUCUCUUAAAAAGUCUGUAAAUGUUGUAUAGCUGACCUGUUUUGUUUUUGUUGUAUUUAAACUUACUUUUUAAAUCAGAGUGUGUAGUGCUUAUAGUUUUCUUGGUCUCACUUUUGAUUUUUCAAUUACAUGUUUUGAGGCUGUAUCAAGUAUGUACAAGUGUUUUGGAACAACUCUGUAUGUUACAUAAUGCUGCUUAAGCAGAAGAGAAUGCCAAAGGAGAUCACAUUGUGCUAAUAUUCUGAUUUGUUUCUGAAAUAUUUGUUACAAAGAAUUGUACAUGUUAAAUUCUUUAAUGCCUGUC